GUACUCGGUCUCCGCUUAGUCGCAGUACAGUUCCAGUCGCUUGCCCAGCAACGAACUAUUCGGUCACCGUUCGGAGAGAUUGAAUGAAUAUAGUCACAUAUUUGUUUUUACCUUCCACUCGCAAUCGAACGGGAAACCGGACCAGUUUAAUUGGUGGUGAAGCUUUUGGGCAGAGCAGUGCUGAAGAAAGUGAAGAAAGUGUCCCAGCAAGGGAAGGCUUGAGAUGUCGCUGGCUGUGGAGAUCUUUGACCUACCGGCGAGGCAGUUCCGCCUGUUCUGGGGAGCUUCCGGUGAUCUGUGGCAAUCCCUGUGGGAUCGUAUAUUGGAUAUCACAGGUGACGACCCGCUCCGGUUAUGGAUCUUUGGUACCCUUAUCUACACCAUGACCCUUUACUGGACCAUUGGCUCUCUGUACACCUUGCUCGACGUUACCAAUCGACCGGCAUUCAUGCGGCGCUUCAAGGUUCAACCCGGCACCAACGAACCCGUCGACAAAGAUCGCCUUCGCCGAGUUAUCCGUCAAGUGAUCUUCAACCAAGUCUUCACCGGGCUCCCCAUGCUCUACAUCCUAUAUCACACGAUUAACCCUCAAACGCCAGAGCUCAUCCGAAAAUUGCCCACUUUCACCACGGUUCUGUGGCAGCUGAUCGUGUGCGUUCUGAUUGAAGAGCCCGGGUUUUACUACAGCCAUCGGUUGUUGCAUCACGGACGAAUCUAUCGGUUUAUCCAUAAGCAGCACCACGAGUGGACUGCGCCGAUUGCCAUCACCGCAAUGUACGCACAUCCGAUUGAGAAUCUGGUCAGUAACCUGCUACCGGUUGGGGUAGGUGUCUGGGCCACCGGAUGUCAUAUCUCGGUCGCCUGGCUGUGGUUCACGUUGGCCAUUUCCAAUACGCUGCACGUACAUUCGGGGUACCAUCUGCCAUUCCUGCCGAGCCCGGAACAGCACGAUUUCCAUCAUUUGAAAUUCAACCAAUGCUUUGGAGUAUUGGGAGUUCUCGACUGGCUGCACGGUACGAGCAGCCUGUUCAUGAGCUCGAAGCAAGCCGAGCGGGACUACAUCAUGACCAGGUUUAGGCCGUUGCGUGAGGUUCAUCCCGAUCAGGGCAAGCAAGGGACGACCAAGAAGGAGAACUAAGGCAGAGAAGGUGUGAAGCAUCAGAUAGAAACUCAACGCUUAAAAUUACAAGUCAAUGCAAUUGGAGAAUGACACAAAAGUGCUUGAUUAACUUUUUUUAUGAAUGAUAUGGCAUUUGUUAACAUAUAUUAUGUAAAAAAGUAUUAUAAAAUAUAA